AACUAAUCAGCUUUAGGGCCGGUCAGACAAUGUCAGAGCGAGUAAAGCGAAUUAAACUGUUACGUACGUCUGCUGCUAUAAUAGUUGUUAAGACCGUCCGCGUCAGCUUCUAUGUGAACUUCUUCCCCGGGCCCCGAGCUGGGCAUAUAAGAGACACUUGAGACAAAACAAUCGUGAGCUUCAGAAAGACGCCCUGAUCCUUAUCUAACCUGUUGGCUUUUACUAAUAUUGGGUUGCCGAGCCCACGGGCUACUUAUUUCAAACUGUUUCACAGCGGCAUUUCACGGGCUCAUCCUGGUCGUCACAAGUACUGUCUGCUACUUUCCAGACUUCAAGUACACUAGCUAUCGCGCAAAAAUCUUGCGUUUGAUACCAGCAGUUCCUGUAGUCGACACUCCUGUGUUUUCAAUGCAGCCGUCGGCAUCAGCUAUACCCGACUUCUACUAUGCCCUUUUCGCGUUCUAUGAACCUGCUUUGACGAUACUCGGGUUCAUAGGAGCAGUGCACGACCCUGAAACAACGCACAAUACACAAGCACCAUGGCCAGCGCAUAGUCCCCCACCUACUAGCCUUCCAAAGGCAUCCAUCGUGACUGUAAUCCAACUAGCUCACGUCUGUGCACUCAUGGGGGUCGUCAACUUUUUUGUCUUAACGGCCAUCCGGAAGAAUCUCUCGACGCAACUCGCUAUCCAAGAGAAUAUCAUAUUUGCUCUCAUGACUCCCCUUCUUAUGGGAGACUGUAUGCACCUCUUUGUCACGCUGUGGGCUCUCGGAGAUGAGAGAUGGGAUAUUUCACAGUGGAGUCCAAUGCUUUGGACCACCAUUGUUCUUGGAUUUAGUCUUAUGAUACCCCGGAUCAUGUGGCAUCUUGGAAUUUGGAGAUAUGUUGAUAGUCGCGACAGACAACCCGACGUUACUACAAAUGAAAAGGAAUAGAAGAGAAUAUUAUAUACAUCUUCAUUUAUAUUUAGAGAACUUCUGCGAUACACCUAUCCUACGUUACUGAAGACGUUAGGUAUACAAUCCGCAAUACAUACAACUACCACAACAAUCCCGUCUCAGAAAUCAUCGUCUAGUACGGACUAUUCACAAU